UGUCAUUGCUACACGAAAGCAACGUAGACUUUGACCAGAGUUUCUAACUUCUCAAGACUCAAAAUAACCGCGCGAAUUUGCGAUAAUGUAAAUGAAAUUGCAGUUUAACUUGAUUGUUCUCGUGAUUAAAUGUUUUGAUGUUGCGUAUCUCAUUCUGAGGUGUUUCAGUUGUGAACGAUGCUACCUGAUAUAAUACGUUUUGAAAAAACUGCUGAAGAUCGACGCUUGGAGUAUAUUAAUAUUCUUUGUAAUGAUCCUGGACCAGUUUCAUCCUCUCAGAUUGAACAUGAAUGGCACUACUAUAUUGAGGCAGUACUGGAGCCAACAGGCUGGCAAGCAGUGUGGAAAUUAUCACUGAGAGAAUGUGAUGAUCUGCAUGUGCCAUUUCCAAUGGCAGCAUUUGUUGUGGUCGAAAAUGUGGAGUUCGAUAGUUUCUCUGCCACUGUUAAUGUUUUGAAAAUGCCAGCAAACAUAAAUAUACCAGAAAAACUAUCAACUUCCUUAUUACAACUGUAUCCAACACUAAGUCAAGUUAAUGACAUCCUUUAUGUGGAGCAGACAGCCAAAUGCCUAGAUCAGCUGAGGUUUUUUUAUAACCACUUAUGGUUUCCAUGGGACACUGAAGAUAAUAGCCAGAAUUGGAUUGAUACACAUCUCAAUGAACGACUAAACCUGUACUAUGAUAUGAAGUCUGGAAAAAUACCAUGUGAAAUGGUUGAAAAUAUCAUGUCACUGUUGUCAGAGGCUCGUGUAAUACAGAACAAAAUUUCUGAUUUGGAAGAAAAUAUAGACGAUAUUGACAAUGAAGAUAGUUUGGAUGAAAAUAAAGCUUGCAACCUAAUAGAACUUCGAAUUCGGCUCCAUAAAAUCAAGAAAGAAAUUCAAGUGAUGGAAAAUCCUGCCAUAAGGACUGUGUUAGCUGUGAAACAGAUAAAUCCAAAUGUCCAGAGCAAAACGCAAGGCAAAGAAAUUUUUUUAGUCUGGCGUGGAGGUUCACUAUGUGAUUACAUUGAUAUUCUGUCAAAAGUAAAGGAUCAUGUUGACUCGGAUGCUUUCCUGAAGCCAUUUCCUCUGUUACAAGAGGCAUUGGACAGUGCAUCUGCUGGAGAUACAGUCGUGGUCUGCCCUGGAGUGUAUGGGAUACGUGGAGUGAGAUGCUUGGAGAAUGGUGGUAAAAUGACAGGUUUUAGCACUCCAGAAGCGACAGUAGUCGCUGCUCACGAUGCUGGUAAUGUAUUGAUAGACUGUACAGGAAAUGAUUUAACACUGGAAAACCUCAAAAUAGAUGGCCGCAAAACAGAUGUUGCUAUAUUAGUGCGCUCCGGAAGACUGAUGAUUCGCAAUUGUCACAUUCUUGGGCGAGAGAAUAGCAGUACGUCCAGAGGAAUUGUGGUAUUUGGCAAAGGGAAAGUUGAACUUGAAAACUGUGUCAUUUCCUGUUUUGGAACAGCCUUGUAUAUUAACACGGAGGCUGAAGUAUGUCUUAAAUCAUCCCGCAUCUGCUCGUGCCACAUUGGAAUACAGGUUUUUGGCGGGGCAAAACUGUACUUACAUGACUCAACAAUACUAAACUGCAAAUAUUAUGGAAUAAAAUGUGAUGUUCAUAGCGUUGAAUUGAUAAAUAAUGAUUACAGAAUUGGUUCAGAAGAACUUUUAACAAAUAUUAGUGAAAUAAAAUUGGACAGCACAACAGUUGAAGAUAAUGCUAAGGGGGACGUCGUCAUUAUGAAGAAUCACGAAAGCUGUCUUUAUGAUUAUCUUGAGAAUAUGCCAUUUUAUUCAGCUGUGACCAUAAAAUGACACACAUUUUUUACCUUUUUGUGUUGUGGUGUAAAUACCACAUUAACAAAAUCCUUUGAAUCUUUCCUACUAUUUCUUAGAAUUCUUUUUAAAAUUUGAAUAAGGAGUUUUGUGUUCUACAAUGUUUUAUAAGCAAUUUGUCUCAGUGUUUCCAAGGAAGAAGUGAAAAGAAAUAGCUCAUCGAUUUUGUAUCUUGAUAAAGCAUAAAAACUCUCUUUUUAAAUGAAUAAAGCAAUUAAAAACUCAAAAGUAGUUGGUGAUUUCCUGAGUUACGUGACUGUAAGGAGUUCCAUAC